UCUUUCUGCUUCGGCGGUGAACAUGGAUGGCCUCUCUCUCUUUAUCCUCUCCCUUGCCCUUGUCGCCAGCGAGAUGGUUAACUGCUCUGAAAUAUACUUGCGGGAUUUCGGCGGAGGGAGCCCCUCGGCGCCGAUUGUGCUGCCGCUCUCCCUGUCUUCCGCCAAUCACACGCUUCGAUCAGCCGAGGAGAGCUACCUACGGAGGCGGGGGCUAAGAGACGGAGACCAUUCGAUCCACAAUGCCCGUAUGCCGCUCUUCGAUAAUCUCCUGACCAACGGGUAUUAUACUACUCGGCUCUACAUCGGGACACCACCACAGGAGUUCGCGCUGAUUGUGGAUUCAGGGAGUACGGUUACUUAUGUUCCGUGCUCCUCCUGCGUGCAGUGCGGCAUUCAUCAGGAUCCAAGAUUUAGGCCAGAGCAUUCAAGCACAUAUGAGCCAGUUAAAUGCAAUAUUAAUUGCAAUUGCGAUAAGAAGAAAAUGCAGUGUACUUAUGAGAGGCAGUAUGCUGAAAUGAGCUCCAGCAGUGGGCUGCUUGCUCAAGAAGUCAUAUCAUUUGGUAAAGAAAGUGAACUUAUGCCACAACGAGCCAUUUUUGGAUGUGAAAAUUCUGAAUCUGGUGAUUUGUUCAAUCAACAUGCUGAUGGUAUUAUUGGGCUAGGUCGUGGUCAGUUAAGUAUAGUUGAUCAACUUGUUAAAAAGGGUGCAAUUAGUGACUCAUUUUCGUUAUGUUAUGGUGGUAUGGAUAUUGGGGGUGGUGCAAUGGUUCUUGGUGGAAUACCUCUUCCUCCCGGCAUGGUAUUUUCCCAUUCGGAUCCUACUCGUAGCCCCUAUUACAAUAUUGAGCUGAAGGAAAUACAUGUGGCUGGGAAGUCCUUGCACUUGAAUCCGAGGAUCUUUGAUGGCAAGCAUGGAACUGUCUUGGACAGCGGGACAACAUAUGCAUACCUACCACAAGAAGCCUUUAUAGCAUUUAAGGAUGCGCUGACGAGCAAGCUUGGUAAACUACAAAAAGUAAACGGUCCAGAUCCAAACUACAAAGAUAUCUGUUUUGCUGGUGCUGGGAGUGAUCCAUCGAAGUCUUUCCCAGAGGUUGAUAUGGUAUUUGAAAAUGGGAAAACACUGAAACUCGCUCCUGAAAAUUACCUUUUCCGGCAUUCCAAGAUUGAUGGGGCUUAUUGCUUGGGAGUUUUUCAGAAUGGAAACGAUCCAACAACACUAUUAGGGGGAAUUAUUGUCCGCAAUACUCUUGUAACAUAUGAUCGCCAGAACGAAAGGAUUGGAUUUUGGAAGACCAACUGCUCUGAAUUGUGGAAUAUAUUGCAUAUUGACAAAAAUAAAUCAGAAAAACCACCACCAUCACCUACAUCGACAAACUUAACAACAGAACUUGCACCUGCUUUAUCUCCUAGUGGAUCAAAAUACAAUUUUCUGCCAGGUCAAAUCCAAAUUGGAAUCAUUACCUUCGAUAUGUUUUUAAAUCUGACAUACUCGGCCCUACUCCCUCAUUCAAAGGAACUUGAAGAGCUCAUUGCUCAUGAUCUGGAUGUUAAGUCAUAUCAGGUUCAUUUAAUGAAACUUACCAGCCAAGGUAACGGUACUCUCAUAAAAUUGGCCAUAUUUCCAUCUGGCACUUCAGACUUUAUUUCUAAUACAACAGCAAUGGGCAUAAUUACUCGAAUAACUGAACACCGGUUUAGUCUUCCUGAAACUUUUGGAAGCUAUGAAGUGGUUCAUUGGAAUUUUGAGCCUCCAUUAAGAAGGUCAUGGUGGCAGCGACAUUUAUGGGCAGUGGGCUUGGGUAUUUCAGUUGUUGUGAUGGUCAGUUUCACAACCUUCUUAGUCUGGUAUUUGUGGAGACAUAAAUUUGCUGCUUCGCAGGCUGCAUACAGGCCUGUGGAUGCUAUUGUUUCUGAGCAAGAGAUGCAGCCUUUGUAACUUAAAGCUGCUUGUCAGGUAUAAUCAUAAUAUUCUUAUAACUGACAAGGUAUAAUUAUUAACGAAAAUAUUAAGAAAAGAGGAAAGAAUAAAAGUACAACUGGCUCUAAUUGAUUGAUUAUUUGGAGCAAAUUUUUGCAACCUUUUAAUUCUGUUUCUUGAGUUAAAUCAUUGGUUGUCAUCUCUGUUAUAGUUUAUGCUAAAUUAAUCCAGCGAGCCCAUGUUCUCAUGAUCAAAUGAAUGACCUGAUUUGACCGA